CUGUCCGGUCCAACUCUCUCAGGAGUCCCGCGGAGAGCCAUGGCGGCUCUGUCGGCUCAGUGUGAGGAAGACUGGCAGGACUUUAACGAGUUUACAGCGGCCUCAGAGUCUGAGCCGGGAGAACCGCUUCCUCAGGGGGAACACUCAGCUUUCUGCUCCGCCGGGGAGAGGAGCGGCGGGGCGGCCGGGGAGAGGAGCGGCGGGGCGGCCGGGGAGAGGAGCAGCUGGAGGUCCCCGCAGGAUCUGCUGCAGGACUUGGAGCAGAAACUGAACUUGUGUUUCAGAAGCAGCACCGCAGACCGUGAGAACAUGCCCGAUAUUAAACCCAUCACCGAGGAGAAUUUACUCCGAGAGGACGAGAUACACACCACUGUAUGGAACGCUCUGACAGAUAACUACGGGAAUGUGAUGCCUGUGGACUGGAAGACUUCUCACACUCGUUCUCUCCAUCUUCCCUCACUCAACCUCAUCCAGCAAACGGUGGACAGUGUGAAUCUGGACCUGUCUGAUGAUGAGGAACUCCGGGAGCAGAUGGACCUUCACUCCAUCAUUGUCUCCUGCAUUAAUGAGGAACCACUGUUUACUGCGGAACAGGUGAUCUUGGAGAUUGAGGAGAUGAUGCAGGAGUCUCCAGAUGCAGAGCCGGAGCAGUGUGUGUCCCCACCAGACCUGUCCAUCCUGUCCCAGGAGCUACACACACUCUCACACUCCUCAUCCACCAGCAGCUAUGAAGAGCAUCUGCAUGGGAUGAGUGUGUGUGAGCUGGAGGUGCUGCUGGAUGAGGUGGAGAAGAAGAUCCGGGUGUUCUCUGAGGAGCUGAUCGAUCAGCUGGCUCUGCGUGAUGAGCUGGACUUUGAGAAGGAGGUGAAGAACACUUUCAUCUCGCUGCUCAUUGACGUGCAGAACAGACAGAAGGAGCUGAUGAAGAGGAGGAGGAAGGUCAGGAGCUCGAGCGGGACGCCCCGGGGAGAGUGCGCGCACACACCCGGGACUUAUUUAACUACAGUUAUACCGUAUGAGAAGCGAAGCGGCGCUCCAUCAGUUGAAGACCUGCAGAUCCUCACUGGGGCCUCCACUGUAAUGAACUCGAUACGAGUUGUCAACAAAUCUUAUAAAUUAGUGCAUGAAAUGCGCUUACAACAUAUUUCCAAUGUGAAUAUUUUAUUGUGUGAUGGUGCAGAAUGA